AUGAUGCAAGAUAUGUGGAACGCUCCGCCGGGGUUCAGAACCACCAAAUCGGCGCCGUCAUCGCCAUUAAAACCUCUGGGUGCUGGGGUAUUGAGGACUCGGUCUGAGUCGUUUAAUUUGAAUCCAACUCGAUCCGAGUCCAUGAUUUCAAACUUGACUCGGUCUGACUCGUUGAACUCGAACUCAACUCGGUCUGAAUCUUUCCAUGUUACCCACAAGGUCCCAGUCGGUGAUUCUCCUUAUGUCAGAGCGAAAAACGUUCAAUUGGUAGAGAAGGAUCCGGAGAGGGCGAUUCCGUUGUUUUGGGCAGCCAUUAACGCCGGAGAUAGAGUGGAUAGUGCUCUGAAAGACAUGGCGAUUGUUAUGAAACAACAGAAUCGAGCAGAAGAAGCCAUUGAAGCGAUUAAGUCGUUGCGAAGAAGAUGCUCAGAUCAAGCUCAAGAGUCUCUCGAUAAUAUCCUUUUAGAUCUCUACAAGAGAUGCGGAAGAUUGGAUGACCAAAUCGGAUUAUUAAGACACAAAUUGUUCUUAAUCCAACAAGGAAUGGCCUUCAAUGGGAAACGAACAAAAACAGCAAGAUCUCAAGGAAAGAAAUUCCAAGUGUCAGUCGAACAAGAGGCAACUCGGCUACUCGGGAAUUUGGGGUGGGCGUUGAUGCAACAGAACAACUACAUCGAAGCAGAAGAUGCAUACAGGAGAGCUUUAGUGAUAGCGCCUGACAACAACAAGAUGUGUAAUUUAGGGAUUUGUUUGAUGAAACAAGGGAGGCUCGGAGAAGCUAAGGAUACUUUAAGGUUAGUGAAACCUGCGGUGGUGGAUGGGCCACGUGGGGUGGAUUCACAUCUGAAAGCAUACGAAAGAGCUCAACAGAUGUUACGUGAUUUGGAAUCAGAGAUGAUGAAUAGCGGCGGAGAUAGAGUUGAACAGAGGAAACUAUUUGAUGCUUUCUUGGGUUCUUCCGCCCUUUGGCAACCUCAACCUUGCAAAGAACAUUUAUCUUCUGCACCUGUACCUGUUUCAAACAAAAAAACCGAAGAUGGUUUUGGUGAUGAGAAUAAAAAACCGGUGGUGGUGGUGGGCCCACCUGUGAAUCUCAAUUCUAAUUCUAAUUCACUGAAUAUCGAUGCUAAGCCUUUUUACGUGAAAACCGGUGAAAAUGCGGCGGAGGGGCUAAAGAGAACGAGGUCAGUGAACGGAGAAAAGGACGCCGGAGAAAUGGAGGUGAAGGCGAGAAGGAAAUCAGGGUCGCCGGAGAAAAACGACUGGAGUGGGCUUUUGCCGGACAGUAAGGAUUUUGAGGAGGCGAUUCUUGCGGCGGUUUUGGGUUCCACGACGACGACGACUGAACCGGAGAAGAUGAAGAUUGAGACAGGAAAGGUUGUUGGGAGGAAAAUUGAGAAAAGGUUGAAGGUUUUUCAAGAUAUUACUUCGACUCUUAGUCCAAGAGCUUGA